AUGGAUUUACUACUCGCCGAGGAGGCCGGACGGGCGCUGGACAUUGCUGAGAUCCUCAGCAGCCUGCGAAAAUUUGACCAGGACCAUCUGCAACCCAUCACCCUGGCCAUCACGGGACUGAACGACCUCAGCUGGGCUCUCCGCGAACUCAACGACCAGAUUGAUCUCGCUGGAGGUGAGGUGACUCGAGUCUUCGCCACCGAUCUUACCCUUCUCCAACACAGUGUUGCUUUUACCCUUCAGGAUGUCUGGCACAUAUUGGGCAAAAUCCGACCCGAUGCCACCAAGCUCGACUAUCGCAACGCCUGGAAGGAAGUUACACGGUACUGUCACACCAUGGGCAAGCAGACCUUUGACAUGCGCCUGUCGACCUAUAAAUUAUUCACUUUUGGGCUAUGCAGGGUAUUGAAAAGACAAACCUAUAGUCGCCGAGAAAUCGAAGACCUCCGCCACGAAAUCAACGACCUACAGUCCCUACAACGCAGCAAUAGACGAUUGAUCACGCCCACCGAAACCUUUGCAAAUCUCUCUCUGGUUCCAGUCCAGAGAACCGUAAUCCAACCAAAAUCGCACGAACGGAUCAGACCCCAAAACCCACGACCAAUGUCACCAGCAUCUUCCCACGACAGCUAUGAAACCUACCAAAAUGUGUCCGUGCCGAGUCCGCCUCCCUUAUCUCCCACCACGACGUUUUCCACCACUAGUCAUGCCUCCAGUGUGGAUGCAGACAUAGGACAUUGGGCCACUACCAUAUUCAAUAAUUUACCAACCACCAUACUCGAAGAUGACCCCGAAAUUUCACGGUGCUUUGGAGACAGCGCAGGCAAAUGCCGCAGUUUGCCAGAUCCCGAGUUCGAGCGUAUUCUACAGAUGAAAUUCCCGGGCGGCCUCCGCGUCAAGUUAUAUUGGCGACCUCGCGAUUACCGUUGCAAGAUUGUAUGUGAAUGGCCGGAAAGCCGUCGCAGCGUUCGAUGGUCAUGUCUGCCUCUCAGUGAAUUACAUAUUCGUCGAGCCGGUCCUUUUCUCUACCUCUGUCGGCCCACCGUUACGGCGCCGAGUACCUGCUGGGCAAGUCUCAAGUUUACCUCGUAUGAAUGGCUGGUCAUCUUUCACUGCUCCUUCUUGUCCCUGAGGUCGCACGACGGCGUGAGACAUGUCAACAAUGGUCUCGAUCACGUGUUGAAGGGUGAAACCCUCAACUUCGCUGGGGCGAUCCGAGAUAGCGGCUUCAAGCACGCCCUCCGUCUUUAUCGCGACAAAUCAACUGAUGCGAUACGACUGGAGGCAUCGGCCUUGGACGGUGAUAUGAAGCACAGCUGCCCCAUCUGGACAGCGUUUAUAACUCACCAUGUCACUUCUCCCACCUGGCUUCGGUGGUCCAAGAACAGUUACACAGUAUACUUGGCCCAACUUCAACGACAUGUCUUUUCUUCCGAAUAUGUGCCUCACAUGGCUGCCAAUGGUGAACAUUUUUUGGAUUUUGAACUACUCACAGAUGCGGAGGACUUUGUCAAGACGAUCGAAGACUUUGGCGACGAAUAUCGAGGCGUACGGGCGGCGCCGUGACCACCUUUUUGAGAACACCAUGACUUAUUUACGGUACGACCAAUGACUUAUGACCUUGAUGACCACUUACGGAAUGACGACGACGACGACGAUGAUGACGAUAACGACGAAAACGAGGACAGGGAAAAAGUGUUAUUCGACUCGUCACGAUGCGUCGAGGCUUGGGUUCCUUGAAUACCCUCUGUGCAUCUUUUUUCCUUAUCAUCGUAUUUUCUUUUUCUCCCUUCUCAGCUCAAGUUUCAAUUCUGGGAACCUACCUGAGGUAGUUAGUUAUUGCUUUGUGUCUCUAUCCCCCAAAGAUUGCGUCAAGUAUUCAGAGCCAGCGAUUACAGCAGCAGCGAGUUGAUCGGCGGCGAGACUCUUGGUUUCGUGUUUUUACGGGUGGCUUGUUGACUUGAGUAAACAAC